AUGAGUCAGUACUACUUCCCGAUCGUGUUUGUGUUCCUGCUGGAGAUUUUACGCCUCGCCCAAUCACAUCCGUUCCUGUUCAACUCGGGAAAUCAGUACCGGCGGCCGCAGGUUGAAUGGAAAACUCCGGAGGAUAACUGGACGGCGGAGGCGGCCCCAAGGAGCAUCUAUCCGCUGCUGCAGAACCAGUACAACCAGCAUCGGUUGCCACCGACGAACCAGUACGAAGUGAUCGAGGGCGAUGAGGACGAGCAGCUGUUGCGGCGGAUGCACGAGGCAAGGGACAACGCCACGGCCAGGACGCUGUUCUACUCAACUAAGGAGGAGUCACAUCUGCCACCACUUCUCACGAAGACGAUCAAGUACUUCAACUUGCAGCAGGUCGCGUUCGAGCUGGAGACUAGUGUGAUGUCACAAGUGUCCUGCACGGCGUGUAAAGCUGGUGCUGGUCUUCUUCAGCAUUACAUCCGCACUGGCAAGAGCAAGGAAGAGAUCAUCAAGAUGAUCUAUCAGUACUGUGUCAAUUUGAAGAUCCAAUCGGCGCGCGUGUGUGAGGGUGUGAGCCAGCUAUUCGGAGUGGAGGUGAUCUACGUGCUGAAACGUAUCACGAUCGGUCCGGAUGAGAUCUGCAGCUUCAUUAUCGGAGAUGCGUGUGGUGACAUCUACAAUCCGUACCACGAGUGGGAGGUCGAGUUCCCGCCUGUUCCAAAGCCCGAUCCGCGGGAACUAGCCCUUCCAAAGGAGGCCGCCCCUGUGUUCAAGGUGUUGCAUCUUUCCGACACACACUUCGACCCGUACUACGCUGAGGGUUCAAAUGCAGACUGCAACGAACCGUUAUGCUGCAGGUUGACGAAUGGACGACCAACGUCACCGAAUGGAGCCGCCGGGAAGUGGGGUGACUACCGGAAAUGUGAUACACCUCAGCGAACGGUGGAUCACAUGCUGAACCACAUCGCGGAUACGCACGCGGACAUUGAUUUCAUCAUCUGGACGGGUGAUCUUCCACCGCACGACGUGUGGAACCAAACGAAGGAGGAGAACCUGAAGGUGCUGAAGGAGACGGUUAAGCAGAUGACGGAGAAGUUCCCUGGGAUUCCGAUCUUCCCGGCCCUCGGCAACCACGAGAGUGCGCCUGUCAACAGCUUCCCUCCACCGUACGUUCAGCAGGUGGACAGUUCGAUCGCUUGGUUGUACGACGAACUAGACGUCCAGUGGAGGCGUUGGCUUCCGGCGAGUGUCUCACACACGGUCCGUCGAGGUGCCUUCUAUUCGGUGUUAGUUCGACCCGGUUAUCGAAUCAUCUCACUCAACAUGAACUACUGCAACAACAAGAACUGGUGGUUGCUGCUCAACUCGACCGAUCCUGCCACUGAACUGCAGUGGUUCAUCUACGAACUUCAAAGUGCGGAGUUUGCAGGUGAAAAGGUGCACGUGAUCGGACACAUCCCGCCUGGUCACUCGGACUGUUUGAAGGUGUGGAGUCGUAACUACUACCGCAUUGUAUCGCGGUUCGAGAGCACCAUCACUGGGCAGUUCUUCGGCCACACGCAUUUCGAUGAAUUCGAGGUGUUCUACGAUCCGCAUGAUCUGAGCCGCGCAACCAGUAUCGCGUACAUCGGACCUUCUGUGACACCGUAUAACGACCUCAACCCGGGUUAUCGGAUCUACUACAUCGAUGGUGAUCAUGAUGAAACAACACGACUGGUUAUUGAUCACGAGUCGUGGAUCAUGAACUUGAAGGAGGCGAACUUGUACGAUUACCCGAUCUGGUACAAGCUGUACUCAACUCGCGCCGCCUAUGGCAUGAAAGGACUCCGACCCGCCGAUUGGGAUCUACUCAUCAACAACAUGACUGAUAGCAAGGAGCUGUUCGAUCUGUACUACAAACACUACUGGAAGAACUCGCCGGUCAGGCCAGAGUGUGACUACGAGUGCCGGAAGCGCAUCCUGUGCGACGCCAAGAGCGGCCGAUCGCACGAUCGCAAGUACUUCUGCGAGGACGUCGAGGCGAAAAUCGACGAAAGCAACAAGGGCUGGAAGGAUUGGCUGUUCAGCUCGAUCAGCUCUUCCAUUUCCUACGCCAUCCACGGUAUUACGAAAAUUUUCUGGCGAAAACGAUGACCUUCCGAGGGUGCGCUGUAACCGAACCGCCAAGCUGGCCACACAAGGAUAACACGCUGCAGCGACUCCUCGAGCAGCAACACCGGUGAGCUACUGCAGUGCAGCGAGGGAAAAACAGGAGACCUUUCAAAGCGACAAGUACUUAGAGGAGCAAAAAAAAACAAAGCAAGCACGACAGGUUUGUGAUAAACGAAUUGUUUUCGAGUGUUGUUAGAGAACGCGGUACAAUCGAAUUGUACACCUCGUACGCUGCCAAGCGAAGCUAGGACGCCCCCGCGGUUGAAUCGAACGAUAAGCAAUCCAACCGAGUAUACUUACUGUGAAACGAGCCGGAACUCAACUGAACUACCGGAAAUUGGGUGAAGAAAACAGAUACUCGGAUAGUAGGACGCGUAGAACCGUUGUCGGAGUAGAAUACAGCAAUUUAACUGGCGUCAUUGUAGCAUUAAGCGAUACUAUAAGUCUGUAAAUAGGAGUAG